CUUCCUCUUCUCAUUUUCUUUUGCUGGGUUUAUAUUAUAUAAGCUUUGUUAUUUCUACUCAUAGUUUAUAUUAGAACAACUUGUUAAAUCUUAGGGAGUGAAAUAUCCUUAAGGAUAGUAUCACACACACCUCAAGGUUUCAAAAAUUCCCGAUUGUUUUCGUGUUUUGUAUAAUAAUCUUAAGAAUAUUUCUUGUUAUUUUGUUGUCAUGGAGAACGAAUUGCCAAACAAAGCCUUGUUUUCAUUCUUGAUGAUUGUACUUUAUGGUGUAUUCAAGCGUGAAGGGUACAAGAUUAGUGACGUGAUUUGUUGUUGCUGUGAAUACAAAUCUCGAUUGGCUGGUAAAACGUUUGGCAUUGGAGGUUCUACUCUUGUUAUAUUUUCAACUAUAAUCGUCUUCGCUAUACUACUCAACUUUUGGAAUUAUGCUACUAAGGUUUUUAUAUACAUACCUGAUCUCGAGAACUUGCAAGCAAUAAUACAUGGAAGGGAAACGUUACCACAUGUAUAUGUCAAAAGAGGGGAAGACAAUGAAGGGAAAAAAGGAAAGAAAGGGAAAGCAGACAACUCAUUGGUAUGCCAUACUAUAACAUUUAUAUACACUAGUUUCUAAAUACAUGCGUUGCAUGUAUAUCCCCUAUCGAUUUUAUAAAAUUUAUAUUAAAAAUGAUCAUUUCAUUUGA